AUGAAGAGGAUGGAGAGGCACAUGGUCACGGGUCCUGUGUAUAAGCACUUCGAUUUGGAGAGGAAGAAUGCCAGGCGGGCUGAAGCCAGACUCCGCCAAAGACUGCACACACUGGAGUACAUCUGCCUGUACCAGAUGAAGCUGCUGACCUGGGAGCAGAGACAGCUCCAGAAAGAACUGCUGCGGUUGCAACAAGAUAUUAUCAAGAAAAAGCUCUCCUCUUAUUUGGGGAAUGGAAUUCAGAAGAAACCAAAAGAUGUCCUUCCACCCUCAUCAACAAGAGGACAGAAGCACCAAGUUCCACAGGUUAAUAAAGUUAGAGCACUGGUCACCAACACGACCCAAGAAAUACAUAAAACCAAAUCCCAGAUGCCUCCUUUCCAUCACACUGCCCUAAAGGACUCCAUGAAAAGCAAAGAAGAGUCACUAUCUCAAAAUUACAGAGCUUCCCGCUUCACAGCAGAGAAGCCACGAGCCCGUGAGAAAGAUUGUCAAAGCCCCCCAAAGGGCAAAGCCUCCAGCAAGGGCAUCUCUGUUCUGUGUCAAGAUCAAGAUGUCUCCAUCAACACCCUAGACCAAGGCCCUGGUUCCAGCCCAGCUGGUGAGAGUGGAAAAGCACACAUUGAUGAGGCUGGAUCAAAGGAUGCCAGCCUACAGCCAGACCCCAGCGCUGGCAGACAAAGUCCCCUGAAUCCCAGGGAAUGUGCAGGAUAUUUGAAAGACGAGUCCGUAACACCUACCUUCUUAGAGCUGUUUGUGAAGGUCAGAAAUGCCCACUACCUCCGACACAGGGUUCCCCCCGAGUCUGAGAGACUGCUUAGUAUUGGGGAGAUAUUCGGCCACAAGGAAUCCUUCCAGCCCAGAGGAGGACAGGAGUGUGAGAACAGGGCAGGCUUCCUUCAUCUCUAACCAUCUAGCAUAACCUCACAAGAACAUUUAUUGUACUCACUACAGAGAUGUGUGCCUCAAGUAAC